CAUCCAUGAAAAGCAGAAGUGAGCAGGAAAUCAGAUGUCAGUGACAUUAGUUCAUGAGUAACACUUGCUUGUCUUCCAUUUCCUCUCUGUGUUUUGUAGCACAACAAAAAAAUGAGCGACUCUCUGCAUUUUCUGCUUUGUGUGAUCGUUCUGCUUCAUUUUGCCCCUCAUACACAGAGCACUGAACCUUUUUACGACAUCACAGACCCAGCGUUUAUUAAAGAAUGCGUUGAAGAACACAACAGACACCGAACCAAUGUGAAGCCUUCAGCCAGCAACAUGAGAUACAUGACAUGGGAUGAGGGUUUGGCGAUAAGUGCACGAGCAUGGGCGAGUAAUUGCGUCUUUAAGCAUAACCCUCAUCUUCAGCAGCCGGGCAAAAUGCAUCCCAUCUUUACACAUGUGGGUGAAAACAUCUGGGCCGGUACCCCAUAUACAAAAUUCAAAGUGCAGUCUGCUAUACAGUUAUGGGUGGAUGAAGACCAAUAUUAUAACUAUGAAAGCAAUGGGUGCUCAAAUGUAUGCGGUCACUAUACACAGGUUGUCUGGGCGGACACUUACAAAGUUGGUUGUGCUGCACAAGCAUGUCAGAAUGGUGUUGCUGAAACAACUUUUUCAACAGUUCCUGGAAUCAUAUUUGUGUGCAACUACGCAUCAGCAGGAAAUUACGUCGGUGCAUCUCCAUACAAAAAGGGCAAAUCAUGCAGCGGUUGCGCCACAGAGACGUGUGAAAAUAACCUCUGUCGCAACUCAACACGGGAUACCCAGAAGAGGUAUAACUGGAGGCCGGACUGGGACCCUGCACUCUCCACAUGCGGUUCAUUCUGUGCAUCUCUUCUGAUUAUCAGACCUGUGUCCAUUGUGUUUAUAUUCAUCAGUGUUUUCUGCCUACAGCGGUUUUAUCCAAAUCUAUUUAUAUAUGAGUAAAACCAGCAGCUUCACUAAAUCAACCUUUCAGUUCUCCUUUUGUUUGUUUGUACAUUAUUGCAAUCUAUUACAUUCAAAAACAGAUCAAGAAAAACAUUAUAAAUGUAGUUUGUGCAACACAUCAAAAAUGAAGCUUUCAGUAUAUGUUAGAUAUGAUUGCAUUUAAUAUUCUAUAAAUGAUAUAAAUUUGAACAGAUUACAGAUUACAUUAAAAGGAAAUGUUUUUCCCCAGCAAUUAAUGUUAAAAACUCUAGUCACAUAACAAAUAAUUACAUUUGAUUUUUUGUAAUUGUAAUUUUGUGGAACACGAUGGAACAUGACUUCAUUUCCCAGAAUGCUUUACUUUAAAGAUGCAGUGUGUAAUUUUUAGAAGGAUCUCUUGACAGAAAUGCAAAAAAAUAUAUACAAAACUAUAUUAUCAGGGGUGUAUAAAGACCUUAUAUAAUGAACUGUUAUGUUUUUAUUACCUUAGAAUGAGACCUUUUUAUCUUCAUACACCGAGGGUCCCCUUACAUGGAAGUCGCCAUUUUGUGCCGCCAUGUUUCUACAGAAGCCCUUAACGGACAAUUUUUUUAACUAAGUUGUCUCCGAUGAUGACAUGUUUGUCCGGUGUCAACUACCAUAGCUUCUCUAUGUGUUUCAAAAGCAAGGGGUGAGCAGUGGACUAAGCCGUUGGUUGCAAUUCGCAACCUCACCACUAGAUGCCGCUAAAAUUUACACACUGCACCUUUAAGCAAGUAUUUAAAAUGGUUGCCAAACAAUUUUCCAAAGUAACUUUCCUAACACUGAAUGGGAGAUUCUUUCUGCUGUGUCACUGUGGAAUUUCUUUGAAUUGCCAUGAAUUUAAUUCCACUUCCUGUCAUUCCAAUUCAAAUUCAACUUCAUGUAGGGUGGAGUCAAUUCAAUUCAAAUUCCAAUUCAUGAAUUGAAUGCAGGCCAAUUCUGAAUUGUGCAGAAGCCUGCAACACAUUUGGUAAGACGACCUCAAAACUUUUAACCUUUUCUUUGAAAUAGUACAAAAUAGUGUGAAACAAUUCAAAUUUAUUUACAAAUAUCAAAGUCAAUAUGAAUGAAAAAAUAUUCAUUUAUCGCUCUGGAAAUGCAGGGUAGCAUUGUGGUAAAAAGCAUUUCAUAAGUAUCUGUUGUUAUAUUCUGCACAUGCUGACAAGUAUAAUGGGACAUAAUGAUAUCAAUUUCAGACUAUGAAUAACAAUAGUAUGAGUGUGUUAUUCUUAACAUGUGGCUUUCAUAGAGAAAAUGAUAACAGUGAUGUUAACACACAGUACAAAGUCUUCUCUCAACUGUAAAGUCCAACACAAAUUGAAGCAUUCAUCCGAGUUUCAAAUUAAAUGUUGACUGCAAA